AUGUUGGGGAGAUCUAUUCAAGACUGCUGGAUCACAGACCAGUAAUUCAGGGAGAAAUACGUUACUUUGUUAAAGAAUUUGAAGAAAAACGUGGCCUCCGAGAACUACGAGUACUUGACAAUCUAAAGAACACAAUCUUUGAAACAAACGAACACAUUCUUCCGAAGUGUGAGCAGGCAAUGCAUGACAAUUUGAACGAAGCGUUCAAGAGAUUGCAAGCUGCCAACGAUAUGAUCCAUAGACUCCAAGAGAGGGAGCAUGAAGAGAGGAAGCUUCAGGCAGACAAGCUGAUGGCUCGGGAGGAGAAGCGCAUAGCCCACUGGGAGGAAUUCAUGAAAGAACAACAAACCAAACAAGCAGAGGUGGACGAAGAGCACAGAAAAGCUAUGGAGCGCCUCAAAGAGCAGUAUUCUGAGAUGGAGAAGGAACUGGCUAAAUCUGUUUCUUUUUAA